CGUUUUUUUGCUCCCUUUCUUCCCCUGGUCAACAAGCCUUCGAAAGCGCCUCCUUUGACUUCAUCGCCUUUUCCGCCCCUCGUGCGUCCGCCCAUCUUCGUCUCUCGCUUCUUGUUGCUUCCAGACCUUCGCUUCGUCUCCCGUCGCUUCCGCUCGCUCGAUCCCGUUCUCCGGCGACCCGUUGGCCUCGAGACGUCCACGCCCCCCCGUCCCGUCUUCUCCCGCUCCGUGCUUUUUCUUGACUCUACCCAAGCAAAGGCCGGCCGCCACGACAGCGCCGCCAAAGGGGGAGACGUUUCACUCGGACCAACUGUCGCCGUUCGUUUUGACUCGCCCUCGAUCCCAUCAUCGCGACCCUGCGAUAGAGCCAUCUCUUCCAUUCGCAUCUCCCCCGGACCCGACCGUCGUUUGAUUGACGGGUUUCGCCUCGAAUUUGGUGCACGUCUUCCCUGCCCUUCGCCGUCGAGCCUUCAUCACCAUGCGUCCCGCCCCGGCCCUGCUGCAACUGGCCGUGUGCCUGUCGUCCGUCACUCCGUUCGCUGCUGGCUCAGCAUGGCCUGGCUGGCUGCCUGACAAGGCCGCUCUCGUCGUCCGUGCUGAUUCCGCCGCGACUCAGACAGCAACUGCUACCGGUGACUCUGCCACGAAGACGGGCAGCCCGUCAGCAAGCCAGACUGAUGGGGGUCAAGGGAAGGACCUCAACACGGCGGAGCCUACACAGUCCGGCGAGACUGCCUCUGAGACCGGCACGCAGACCGGCAAGAAGACUGGAAAGGGGACCGGCAAGGCGACCGGCACCAAGACAAGCAAGGGCGACACUCACGAAACGUUUGCGCCCGACUCGCCACCGGGCGGCGUCAGUAUGCUCACCCCGGCUCCGAACCUGCAACCAACGCCUCUGUAUAAGAUCGGAGACGACGUCACCUGGAGCUGGAACUACACCUCCCUGCAAGGGACCCCGACUGCCAUCGAUGUGCUCGUCAGCUGCUCCGCUGCCAGCAACACAUGGACGCUCACGAGCAACAUGACCUUUGAGACAUCGGUCAACUACGUCUGGGGGACCAAGAAGCAAGCCGAAUCGGCCCAGAACCCUCUUCUGACUGAAAUGUACACGCUCAUCGUCAAGGACUCGGAGACCCAAAUUACUUCAGCUCCGGAGCCUGGAUACUUGGGUACAUGGCAGCAGUUCAGGUUCGGCCUGUACUCCGCCCAGCCGUAUGUUCCCUACAGCGAGUGGAAGUGCACCGGCUGCAGCGACGGCGCUUCCCUGUUCGACAGACAGGCUCUCGGCCUCGCCGUGUCGAUGAGCGUCGUCACGUUUCUGAGUUUCACGUGGUUCGUCGCCGGCCUGGGACUCCAUUGAUCAGGGUGCGGCACGGCCAAGUCGACGAGCAUGUCUCCGGGGGGCGAGACGACACUUUUGCAAUACUAAUUAAGGGCGGUCAUUCUUGGGGCGUUGUUAUCGCGUACGGCUGGUCAUCUUACUGGGGUCUUAUUUUUAUUUUAUUUUUUUGGCCAUAGCAUUCAUUGGUUGCACCGCAAAGGAACAUAUUGGACAUGGCCCCUGUUGCCUGACUUGAAAUUGGCGAUGAUUGUAUUGGCGUGGACAUGGGGGAGAUUUACGAGUACGUAGUACAAAGCCGUUUUUAAUGAUGUAUGUGCAGUGG